UUAAUUCCUUUUUUCAUAUCAAUAUUUUAAACUUUCUAUGAUUGUGUUAUUAAUAUUGUUCUCAUUAUUUGAUCUAAAGGGUACUUACUGAAGUAUAGACUCAUGUAGUCAGGGUUGUUUUCUUAUUCACGGACUCAUUUUUCCAAGAAUUAUUCCCUUGGACCUGUUCUGUGUUAGGUAGUCCUCUGUGUACUGUGGUGUAUAGUUAGGAGCUAGACAGGAGCUUGGUGAAGCUCUCUUGUAGGGAAGACCCACAGAGACUGUGUCUCAAUCAUGAAGGUAACAAAGGAAUAGGAGAGACAGAGGGGAAGGCCAUAUGUAAAGGAGUGUGAGUCCUCCCUAAAAAGGUAACAUUGGAACUGAGACGUGAAGGAUGGUGAGAAGGAGCCAGAUAAGUGAAGAGCUGGGGAAAGAGCAAGAGGGUGGUUGAAAGAGCAGUGUAAAACCCAGAAUGGGGGAUGUCCCAGUGCCAGGAAUGCAGCCAUGGUGUACUGAGGAAGUGGAAGAGGGUAAGAGAAGGUGAGGGUGGAAGGAAGUCUUUUAGGCAAUGGUCAGGGUUGAACUUUAUUCUGAGAGUAGGGGAAAGUCCCUAAAGUGUUUGAAGUAUGGAAAUGACGUCGACUUGUGAAAUUAGUUAAAAUUAUUUAAUCAAUUUCCCCUUUAGCAAUGAUGUACAUUGGGAAGCCGUUGCUGUUUUUAGGUAAGAAAUGAUGUGUUUUGGCCAGGGCAGCUGCAGUGGGAACAGAAAGAUGGAGACUGAAGUUGAAAAUAGAGACUCAAGUUCAUAGCUCAAGUUGAAGUAAGACUUGAUAAACUGGAUGUGAGAACUGAAGGAAAGGAGAAAUGGAAGAGUGCUGUAGAGCAGUGGUUUCUUCUGCACAUGAAAAUCACCUGGGAGGCUUAUUAAACCCUGAUGCCCAGUUUGUCCCUUAGACCAGUUAAACCAGAGGGUGAAGGGGCUGGGAGCCAUGCAGAAGUUCUGUAGAGCUCCCCAGCUGAUCCUACUGCACAGGUAAGGUGGGGAACCACUGAAUGCACUAUGGUUAACAACUGAAGCACUUGAAUGGAUGUGUUUAGAUCAUUGCAUUAAGAAGAUGGGUGGAGGACAGGUUGAGAAACCUAUUAGACAUGCAUAUGGAGUUUCAAGGAAGGGGCUGGAUAAGGGAAUCUAUUCAAAAGAGAAGUUUUCUGGAGAUGCAAAUGUAAAAGUUCCCACCAGGAAGACUGUAUUUAACGUCACAGGGUGGGACAAGCUCUUCUAAAGAAUGGAGAAUAGAAGAGCUGUGAACUCUGCCCUGACAUCUAAAGGUCAGAUGAAAGAAGAGCCAGCAAAGAAGACUGAAAGGGGCCCAGUGAGGUAGGAAGAAAGCCAGAGGAGCAGAGUGUUCUAGAAGCUGAGAAGCAGUUGUGUCAGGGAGGUGGUGGUCAGUGGCAUCAAACACUGCUGAGCCACCAAGCCCAAGAAGUGUUCAUUGUAAUCCACAGCAGGUGAUGUUUACUCUGAACAGCGUCAUUGGAGUAAUAGAAAUGGAUGUCCAAUGUUUGUUCUAGAGGAUCUGAAGCACAAAGGUACCUUGAAUAAGAAAUGCAAUGGCACAUCUGGAUUCUGAAGUGAAAGAAGAAUGUCUGAGGGAAGACCUGAGGUUUUACUUCAUGAACCCCUGUGAGAAGUACCGGGCCAGACACCAGAUUCCAUGGAAACUGGGUUUGCAGAUUUUGAAGAUAGUCAUGGUUACUGCACAGCUUGUUCGUUUUGGUUUAGGUAACCAAUUGGUGGUUGCUUUCAAAGAAGAUAACACUGUUGCUUUUAAGCACUUGUUUUUGAAAGGAUAUUCUGGAAUAGAUGAAGAUGACUACAGUUGCAGUGUAUAUACUCAAAAGGACGCCUAUGAGAGCAUCUUUUUUGUUAUUCAUCAGUAUCAUCGUCUAAAGAACAUUUCCCUGGCGACCCUUGACUAUGGAGAAAAUGAAGACAACAGAAUUGGCUUAAAAAUCUGUAAGCAGCAUUACAAGAAAGGGACCAUGCCUUCUUCUAAUGAGACCCUGAACAUUGAUAGCGACAUUGAGACAGACUGCACUAACUUGGACCUUCAGACACUCGACAAGGACCCUCAGGACUGGAUGCAGUCCCCGUUCUUCAGUCUGGAAUUCUAUCGGCUCUUACAAGUUGACAUCUCCUUUCACCUUAAAGGCAUUGACCUACAGACGAUUCAUUCCCGUGAGUUACCCGACUGUUACAUCUUCCGGAACACGAUCACCUUCAAUAAUAAAGCACACAGUGGCAAAAUCAAAAUCUAUUUUGACAGUGACGCUGAUAUUGAAGAAUGUAAAGACCUGAACAUAUCUGGCUCUAUUCAGAAAAACACUCAGUAUGUCCUGGUGUUUGAUGCAUUUGUCAUUGUGAUUUGCCUGGCCUCCCUCAUCCUGUGCACAAGGUCUGUUGUUCUUGCUCUCCAAUUACGAAAGAGAUUUCUAAAUUUCUUCCUGGAGAAGCACAAGCGACGUGUGUGUGACGCUGACCAGUGGGAGUUCAUCAAUGGAUGGUACGUCCUGGUGAUUAUCAGCGACCUAAUGACAAUCAUUGGAUCCAUAUUAAAAAUGGAAAUCAAAGCAAAGAAUCUCACAAAUUAUGACCUGUGCAGCAUUUUGCUUGGGACAUCUACACUCUUCGUUUGGGUUGGUGUCAUCAGAUACCUGGGGUAUUUCCAAGCAUAUAACGUGCUCAUUUUAACAAUGCAAGCCUCACUGCCCAAAGUUCUCCGGUUCUGUGCUUGUGCUGGCAUGAUCUAUCUGGGUUACACCUUCUGUGGCUGGAUUGUCUUGGGCCCAUAUCAUGAGAAGUUUGAAAACCUGAACAUAGUCGCCGAGUGCCUGUUUUCCCUGGUCAACGGAGACGACAUGUUUGCAACCUUUGCUCAAAUCCAGCAGAAGAGCAUCUUGGUGUGGCUAUUCAGCCGUCUGUACUUGUAUUCCUUCAUCAGCCUUUUUAUAUACAUGAUUCUCAGCCUUUUUAUUGCACUUAUUACGGAUUCUUAUGACACCAUUAAAAAAUACCAGCAGAAUGGAUUUCCUGAAACGGAUCUGCAGGAAUUCCUGAAGGAAUGUAGCAGCAAAGAGGAGUAUCAGAAAGAGUCCUUGGCCUUCCUGUCCAGUGUCUGCUGUCUGAGGAGGAAAGGAAGUGAUGACCACCUGAUACUUAUUAACUAAAGUCCUGCUAAAGAACUAAGUGUCAGGCCUCCUUUUCCAGCAGCAAUGCUAAUAGACCCCAGAUUAUCCUGGACCAGUAAUUCCUAAAGGAUUGUCUUAUUUAAUUGUGGAUUGGGAAAGAAGAGCGACAGUCAGCUGGCUGACCAUGACCGAAGUUCCAAACUUUAUAUAAAAAGUUGGAGGGUGAAGAAUAGACCACGGGCUGCUACUGGGCAUCAGUGCAAUUAAGCAGUGAUAAUGAAAUUCUCUACUGCUCUCUUAAUUUAUGACAUGAUGCUGUUGGGAUGGAAAAAAAAUCCCUUUUUAGACUGUACAAAACAAUGAUGUUGAAAGCCAUGUAUUUAAAUGUGUGUGUUUAUUGUCAGAUAAGGAUUUGUAUUAAUAGUGAUUAUUAAGUUCAAAGACAUAUGUUAAUUCAUGGUCUGCACAGAAAUAUAGUUGGAUGCAAUACCAAAUUAAGACUCUGUGCUGGAGAACUAUUAAACCAUAUUGAGAUCACACUCCAUUCAACAGAAAGACCUGCAAUAGACAAUUCUUUUUUUUUUUUUUUUUUUGGUGUAGGAUCCAUUUUAUUUUUUUUAUUUUUUUUUUUUAAUUUUUUAUUGUUGGCUGUUCAAAACAUUACAUAGUUCUUGAUAUAUCAUAUUUCACAAUUUGAUUCAAGUGGGUUAUGAGCUCCCAUUUUUACCCCAUAUACAGAUUGCAGCAUCACAUCAGUUACACAUCCAUUGAUUUACAUAUUGCCAUACUAGUGUCUGUUGUAUUCUGCUGCCUUUCCUAUCCUCUACUAUCCCCCCUCCCCUCCCCUCCCCUCCCCUCCCCUCCCCUCUUCUCUCUCUGCUCCCUCUACUGACAUUCGUUUGUCCCCCUCAUAUUAUUUUUCCCCUUCCCCUCACUUCCUCUUGUAUGUACUUUUGUAUAACUCUGAGGGUCUCCUUCCAUUUCCAUGCAUUUUCCCUUCUCUCUCCCUUUCCCUCCCACCUCUCAUCCCUGUUUAAUGUUAAUCUUCUUCUCAUGCUCUUCGACCCUACUCUGUUCUUAGUUACUCUCCUUAUAUCAAAGAAGACAUUUGGCAUUUGUUUUUUAGGGAUUGGCUAGCUUCACUUAGCAUAAUCUGCUCUAAUGCCAUCCAUUUCCCUGUAAAUUCUAUGAUUUUGUCAUUUUUUAAUGCAGAGUAAUACUCCAUUGUGUAUAAAUGCCACAUUUUUUUUAUCCAUUCAUCCAUUGAAGGGCAUCUAGGUUGGUUCCACAGUCUAGCUAUUGUGAAUUGUGCUGCUAUGAACAUGGAUGUAGCAGUGUCCCUGUAGCAUGCUCUUUUUAGGUCUUUAGGGAAUAGACCGAGAAGGGGAAUAGCUGGGUCAAAUGGUGGCUCCAUUCCCAGCUUUCCAAGAAAUCUCCAUACUGCUUUCCAAAUUGGCUGCACCAAUUUGCAGUCCCACCAGCAAUUCUUGAUCUAUUUUCUUGCAAGUUUUCUUCUUCAACAUGUUUUAAGUGACUUUUGGCGUAGUCAAUCAGAUGAAUUGGAAACAGAACAUGAGGAUACCUCGUCACUUGUGCUAAUUCCUGAUUGUGCACACAUGACAUGUGGCAGUGAACUGUAGCAAUGGUCACUCAUUUUAACAAUUGCUCUCCACUGUGGUGGAGACUUCAGCUUUGUUAAGCAAGGAAAUACGGUAUAUUUUUCCUUAAAUAAAUUUAUUUUUAUUGUACCAUA